AUGCGUGUGGUACUCAUCAGGAUGGGAUGACGAGCAUCGGCCCUAUAAAAGGCCGGAGUCUUUGAAAAGACGCAUUUUUCACCGGUCGCCAUGAUCAGCUGCGCGCUCAUCCUGCUGCUCAUCGUUUCAGGUACUUAUAUUCGAAAUUCGAGUCGAAGAAUGUAGGGGUUAUUAUAAUUUCACUUUGCAGUUUUUAAUUUGAAAAAAUAUAUAUGAUGUAAACAAGAACGGAUGAAAGGAUUUUUUUCAACAUUUUUCAGUAUUUGCCUCUCAGUCACAGACAUUCGACAGGCAAGACCGCGAUUACAGACCACUGCAGGUUUUUGAUAUACUGUGAUAUUAUGCUUCAAAUGCAUAAAAAUAUGAAAAUUUUUUUUAUUACCUUGAUUGUUCAGCUUUCUAAAUUAUUCGAUUUUUAGAGAGUUUUCACGCGGGCAAAGUCCAAAAGGUCUCAAAAAGGACUUUUGGAAAAAAAGGCCUCAAAUCCGCCUUUUUUUUCUAGACCUUUCUCUGAAAAAGACCUUUCAAAGAGGACUAGAAAAAUAAGGCGGAAAAAAGAUUCCGAGAAACUUUUAACACCUUUUUUGGAACUUAAAAGCCUCUUCUUUUUAAGGCCUUUUAAGUUCGUUUGGACGUUCGCUGUCCAUCAAGCCAGCAAAAUUUACGUUUUUCUACAGCUGCAUGUGGGAAAUUCAAUUUCUUUUUGCAACAACUGGCUCAUAUAUUUUGAAAAGGUGUAGAAACGGACACUUUUUUCAAAGCGCUGAGCCUUUUUAUUUGAGAAAACUUGAAAAAUUUCAAUUUAAAAACAGAAAUCUAUUGGGAUUGAAAUAUACUAUUCACUCUCAAUCAUCAAUCAAUAUUUAUUGGUUGUUUUAGUCAGAUGGAAUCGACUAGGCGGUGAAAAAAUUGCUCUUUUGAGCGGCACUAACACCGCCUUUGGCGAAAAAGAAGUCAAAACGUGUAGUCGAUUGAAUUGAAAGCAUGGUCUUACGGUCCUUCGCCUCGUUCUUCCACAAUUUGAUCCCUCAGUUUCGCGGGUACGGGCACGGCGGCGAUGAUGGGGCUCGGGCACGGACUCCGUGUAUACUCUAGGGUAGCCUCGGCCGAUUGAGAGAGCUACCACUUCGAGUGAAGAAAAUGCACGGAAUACUCUGAAAAAAAUACUCUGAAAAAAAUUUUUUUCUCUCAUUUCUUUUUUCAAAAAAGAUUUUUUUAAUUAAUGUAUGGAAAAAGACUAUCAUAGGAACGGUAAAACUCACUUUUUUUCUCUUUUAAAAAUAUUCUGUAGGUAGUAAAAAAAUAAAAAGAAGGAAGCUUCUUUCAGAGUCUUUAUUCGGUUUAUCGAGGAGUAUUCAAAUUUUUAGAAAGCUUCCAUUCACAAAGUAAAAUGACCUUCUUUGUGAAGUGGGAAAAGUUCUCUUGCUAGUUCUAGUAUGUGGACGAGAGCUCAGGCGGUGUCGCCUAAUUGAAAUAUCCAACGUUUCGAAUCGUUAAAGUAGGGAUGGCUGUCGUAAACUCGAAUGAGAUUUUUGUUGAAUGUAGUGAAUAAAUCGUUUUUCUGCUGCUGAAUAGUGUAUCCUAACGAAAGAAAAAUAUAUGCCAAUCAGAAAUAUCGAAGAAAACGUAAUUUAAGUUUGGCAAACGUGAUGGCUACCGGCCUCUCCAGUUUGGCAAGCGAGACUACCGACCUUUGCAGUUCGGAAAGAGAAGCCAUGUACCGCAACGCAUGAUCAAAAUCUUUCAAUCUUGAUUUUUUCAGAUAGAGGCGCCCAAGCCGAUCUGGGACUGGUAG